AUGCUCGCCGUCGCUCUCCCGCCGCCGUCGGCGGCGCCCGGGCGCGUCGUCUCGUCCGUCGGCGCGUCGUCGUCGUCUCGCCGUCGGCAGAGGCGCCUCGCCGUCGCGAUGACGGCGUCGUCGCCGCCGUCGUCCUCGCGGCGCGACGACGACUACGACGACGACGACGACGCGGGGGAGGAGGAGGACGCGAAGAACGACGACGACGACGACGACGAGCUGCGCGUGACGUACCGCGGCCGCGAGGCGCGGUGUCGCCGCGGCGCGACGCUGCGCACCGCGCUCCUUCGCGCGGGACUCUCGCCGCACAACGACGCCGCGAACGUGAUCAACUGCCGCGGGCUCGGGACGUGCGGCACGUGCGCGGUCGAGGUGACGCCGCGAGACGCGGCGUCGCCGUCGUCGUGGACGACGAUGGAGGCGGCGCGCUUGCGCUUCCCGCCGCACGCGUCGCCGGGGAACCGAAGGCUGCGGCUCGCGUGUCAGGUGCGCGUCGAGUCGUCGUGCGCGGUCGUCAAGCGAACCAAGUUUUGGGGGCAGGGCGACGCCGCGGCGCCGGAUUUGAGCGGCGAGGAACGGCCGCGCGUGCCGCCGCUCGGGGCGCUGGAGUACGCGCUAGACCCUGACGAGUGGCGAGCGGCGGGGGGGCGGCGGAGCGGUGGGGGGGACGGAGGAGACGCGCGGCGCCGCGGCGGAAAGGAUUAA